AUGGCUCCCCGAUGCUGCAUCCUGGCUGUCUGUGUCGCUCUCUGCAUCCUCAUGCUCCUCUGUUCACAUGGAGCCCCAGUUGAGCCCAUGGGCGCUCACCUGAUGCUGUGCCAGCCGCACAUGACCUGUGGGGACAAGUUCCAGGACCCCGUGCAGCACUGUUGCUAUGACGAUGCUGUGGUGCCCUUGGGCAGGACCCGGAAGUGUGGCAACUGCACCUUCAGGGUCUGCUUCGAGCAGAGCUGCCCCCCGUCACUCAGACCCCAGGAGUCCUUCCUGGUGAAGCUGAAAGGGCAGAGUUGUUCCUGGGCCCCAUCCCCAAAUGACAGGUGUCGGCUGACAGAGGACCCGAUGACCAGAUGA